AUGUCCCCUCUCCAUCCUCCUGCUGGAAACGCCCUUGCCCGGCGCAGGCUGUGCUUUAGCCGAGACGUUAAAUGGCUGUUGGUUCAAUGCCUUUUGCCCCCUCUCCUGCCCAGUCCUCUUUUCCUGGACACUUCGGAGAUCUGGUGGCAGGACCCGCCGUCCCUGCAAGCGGAGGCGGCGCCCUGGGACGUGGCAGAGGUGGCAGCCGUGUGCAAGGCAGUGGAUGAGGGCUCAGACCCCAGCCCCCAGGAGGGGAACAGCGCGGAGGAGCAGGAUGUUCAGGACCCGGAGCUGGAGGCCAUCAAAGCCAAACUGCGGGAAAUAGAGAAGGAGGAUGAGAGGCUGAAGGAGCUGCAGCUGGAAGCUGACAAUCACCUGUUCAUGAGCUCAGAAGCAGCUCUCUUCCCACUGACUACCAAGGAGAAGGUGGAGGCUGACCAGCGUUCCAUCUACGUGGGCAAUGUGGAUUACGGGGGCACAGCAGAAGAGCUGGAGUCUCACUUCAACAGCUGUGGGCAGAUCAACCGCGUCACCAUCCUCUGUGACAAGUUCUCGGGCCACCCCAAAGGCUAUGCCUACAUCGAGUUCGAGGAGCAGAGCUCUGUCAAGGCUGCGGUGGAGCUGGACGAGAGCGUCUUCAGGGGCCGUGUCAUCAAG